ACCUUUUUUGGUAGCUUUCUAGAAUAUUCCACGCCACAUACUGUGAGUCCCGCGCCUGUUGGAUGUGUAGCUUUGAAGUCGAUUCCAAGAGUAUAAAGGUAUCCUGCUCGUUGAGAACAAAGCCUACUGGACGUUCGCACCAGUAUCUAUCCUAUGCAUUCAAGGAUUAAGGGGAAAUACAAGGUAACACGCCCGGAUCAUAAGUAAUGGAUUUUAUGAUGGAAGAAAGAGGAAGAGAAACAUAGAAUGGAGAUCAGAUCCGAGUUAUGGUCGGAGUUUAAAAUUAAAAGGAAUGUCCUUUGCACUUCCCGCUCGUCAGGUUACUUUCGGCAGGUCUGCUGCGCCUUACCAGCAACCAAGUCAACUUUCCCAACCACAAGCUGCCCAACCUAAUCAUGGGCUAGCACUUCCCGGCGCUGGUACCUAUAGUCUUCCUGCGCCAUCGAAUCUCGCGCUUCCGGGACCAUCGCCACUGUCUCAAUCACAUACCCCUCCCCCUUCACAGUCGCAACCUGUAAAUGCGACAACGGUAAUUAGUAAUGGUGCUACAUCAGCUGCUGUGGCAGGUCCUUCGACGCCACCGGCCAGUGCUGUUCCCGCCACACCGGCCCCUCUCACACUUGAGCAACAACACAUCACAGCUGUGGAAGGCAUCGUGCCCACGCUACAAAAUAUUGUUGCAACAGUUAACCUCGAUUGUCGUCUUGACCUCAAGACCAUUGCACUGCACGCCCGGAAUGCAGAGUAUAACCCUAAGCGUUUUGCAGCUGUCAUCAUGCGUAUUCGUGAGCCCAAGACAACUGCACUUAUCUUCGCCUCUGGCAAGAUGGUCGUCACGGGUGCGAAGAGCGAAGACGACUCAAGACUGGCGUCGCGCAAGUACGCGCGUAUCGUGCAAAAGCUUGGUUUUGACGCCAAGUUCGCCGAGUUCAAGAUCCAAAACAUAGUCGGAAGUUGUGACGUGAAGUUCCCCAUUCGCUUGGAGGGUCUCGCAUACAGCCACGGACAGUUCAGCAGUUACGAGCCUGAGUUGUUCCCUGGUCUCAUCUAUCGCAUGCUCAAGCCAAAGGUCGUGUUGUUGAUCUUCGUGUCGGGGAAAAUAGUGUUGACUGGUGCCAAGGUCAGGGAAGAGAUUUAUACUGCGUUCAACACCAUCUACACAGUGUUGUGCGAAUUCAGGAAACCUUGAUGUCGUCUCCGCUCCAGACUUCGUUAUCUUCCUGCCUUUUAUCACACUACGUAGUGGGCGAGGCCUCUAUAUAAAAAUAUUUUUACACGAGGGUUGACAGGCGG